CCUGUGCUCAGUCUCCAGUAUGAGCAUGCUUUAAUUUUCCUUACUUUUGUCUUAACAUCAGCUGAAUGGAGUGUUCAUUUUGGUCAUUCAGUUUUGUUUUAUUAUUAUUAUUUUUAUUUAACUAAUAUUAAUUUAUUAAUAGCCUUCUCUAACCUUUUAUAAGAAUCUUUUCUACAUUCAACAUGGCACAAAGACAGAAGAGAGAUGGAACAUUUUCAUAUGCAGCAAAACAAUCCACAGACUCCAUUACAAGGUUUAGAUUCAUUGUGUUUGGAAGUGAUGAGGUUCUGAUAAAUGAAGCUUGUGACACUAUUCUUAGAUCAGCAGAUAGAAUGGAUAGCACUAAAUAUGGGACAUGUGAGUUUAGAGAGGCGUGUGUAAGCGGACGACAUGUCUCUGUAGUAAAAACUCCUGCUUAUGGGCUGGAACACUUGAAAACUUACCUGACCUUCAGAAACAGAGUCAGAUCUAUGAAAAUAGACAUGGAGUUUUGUUACUCACUGGUCUUUCCUGGGCCUCAUGCUUUUUUUUUAGUGCUUGGCGAUGUACAUAACUCUGGUAAAGAGCAUUACAUUUUACGAGCUCUCAGUGAAGUGUUUGGCCAGGAGGCAUUAGACUACAGUAUGGUCUUAUUUAUGCAUGAAUACAAGGACAGUGAUAUAGGCAGCAACCGAUGUGUGAAAAAGUGCAGGAAAAGGUUCCACAUUUUAAAGAACAAUGAGGAAAAUGUUCUAAAGCUAUUCCAUGACGCUACUGAGACAAUGAUAAAGCAGAGAAAGGGGAGCUUUUUUACGAAGGAUUUUGACUUGCUAGACAAAGCUGAAGCUUAUUUUAAGACAGAAUUUGAUGCUUAAUAUGAGGAGCGAGAGAGUAUACUGAGAGGAAAUUUGGCAGAAAUGAAAACAACAGAGGAAAAUCUAAGAACAAAAGUUACAGAAAUGGAAAGAAAGAAUUCUGAAAACAUGAGAGAAUUACAAGAUCUGCAUAAAGAACUGGAUGCUCAUAAAGCCAGAAUGAAUCAGUUAAACAAGGAAUUAGAUGAUUCCCAAAGCAGAGAGAAUCAUUUAAGUCAACAGAUGGAUGCUCUCAAAAAGAAAAAAUAUGAACUGAAGGAGGAGCUGUAUGCCCUCAGGUAUUACAAGAGACAGUUAGAUGUAGAACUGAUGGCUUUCAAUGAGAGAGAGAGAGAAAAAUUCCUGCCCACAAAAAUACAGUUAGAGCAUAACAGAUUACAGGAGCAAAGAGAAGCAGGCCUACAGGCUCCUGCGCAAGAAGAGCAUGACAGACAAAAAACUUUAGAUAAAAGAGAGGUGGAGCUAGAUGAGAGAGAGAAAAAACUGCUGCAGACCACUGGAUCACAGCAUGUUGAUCACAUCUCUACAGCUGUUACUCCCUCUUGUGUCAUAGUGUCUGAAGACAAACCCAAAUCUCAAGAAGACACUGGAUCACCUGAGUCUGAAGGAUUGAAACUUGUGAGACAAGACAGCAAGAAAUUAGCUCCACCUAAUAUGUCUGAAAACAAAGUCAAACCUCAGAGUGAAAGAAAAUGUGAGAUGGAAAGUAGAAUAACAGAUUCACAAACCAGCAGAUCGCUUAAAGGUGAAGUACUGAAACCUGUGAGACGGAACAGCAUUCGAGAUCGACCCAGCAUGUCUGAAGACACACUCAAACCUCAAGAAAACACUGGAUACCUUGAGUUUGAAGGACUGGAAAUUAAUUGUGUGACAAAACAGCAAGGAAAUACUGUAGAUUCACUUAAUGUUUUCUGGAGUGAAGAGUGCCAGUAUCCCUCAGAACUGAGUUCUGAGUUCUAGCAUGUAAUGGGAAAUGCUUCAUGUACUCCCACAUGAUAGCAGUGCAUGUGUUUCAUGAACUGUAAGACAUAUAUUUGUACAUCGCAUAUUUGUACUUUAGUAACUAUAUUAGUAAGCAAAAGCUAAUGUCUGUAACUGGUUUUGAUAUGGUUUUUGAUGUUUUCUCAGAAUAUUUUAUGUGUAUAAGUUCUGUUAAAUCUGGCAUUAACAGGUAUGUUGAUCACAGUUACAAUGAGCAUCUUUUUUUCAUGAAAAAUGUGGUUUAGAGGAGAUUGAACACAAAAUGAAAUUUUAAAUCCUUGGUGAUUAAUCAUAUCAUCUGAUCACAUGCCUGUGUAACUGUUUUCAUUAUUGUGAAAUAGGAAACCUUGUCUAAAGUACUCCCUUGAAGGUUUUAAACUUUGAACUAAACUGAGCAUUAAUGUGAUCUUUUUUAUAAAGCCUGUAAAGUUUUGUAGGAUUGUACUAUUAACAUGCUAUAUGUAAAUAAAUAAUGGCAUAGGCUUAUUAUUUAACACUAAUAAAAAAAAUUGUUUCAAUCUAUUGUAAACUUAUCUUGCUAUUUUUAGUGCAGAUUGUAAACCGC